AUGGAAAAUAGAAGAGAUAUAAGAAAAUUUCAAAGACGUAAUGGAGAUACUUUAGGAUCACCUUUAAAUAAUAAUAAUAUUAAUAAUAAUAAUAAUAAACGAUUCUAUGAAAGAGAUGAAUUGGGUGAUAUUAAGUUAUCUUGUUUUUGGGAUAACUUUUUAAAUCAAAGUGGACAACAAAGUGAUAAAAAUACCACUGAUACUACAAAUAUAACCAAUUAUUGUGUCAAUAUCAGUAACAUUAAUACCACUAAUACCAUUACCCAAACGACUAGUAUUUAUUCUGAUGAUAGUUUAUUUAAUUUCCCUGAAACGCCACAAUCAAAAUUAAUAACACCAUCAAUAACAACAUUACCACAAUUACCAUCUUCACCCCAAUCUUCAUUAUUACUUCAAUCAACCAUUGACCCAAAUAAUAAUAAUAAUAAUAAUAAUAAUAAUAAUAAUAAUUAUAGUACACCUGAAAAAAAACCAAAUAGUUGUAACAAUUCAAUUGGUUCUUCUACUACAACUAUAACUCCAAGAACAAUUAAAAAAAAAUUAUCAUCACCAUGUACAUGUUCAAAAGGUCAUCCAAUUUUUAAAAACUCACCAUAUGUUAAUAAAUUAAAAAAUAGUAGAAUUAGUUUACCUCCACCUCCACCAUCAACAACAACAACUACAACAAUAAAAACUGAGCCAAUCUCACCAAUCUCUUCAACAACAACAAAUUCAACAAUAUCACCAAAAAUUAAAACAAUAACAAAAUCUUCAUUAUUUAUUGAAAGAAAAUUUCAAAAAUGGUUACCAAAAUCAUCAUUGAUAUUAACAAAACAACAAAUAAUGUUAAAACAAAAAGAGAAUGAAUUAGAGAUUGAAAAACAAAAAUUAAUAUUAGAUCAAAGAAAAAAACAAUUUUUAAAUGAUUUAAAGUUAACAACCAGUCAACAAUUAUUAUCAAUCACUGAAAAUGUUGAAAAAAACAAAAAUCAAUUAUUAUUAAAUCAACAAAAAAGAAAGAAAAAGAAACUUGAAAUUUCAACUCAAAGACAUCAUUUUCAUCAACAAUUAUUAUUAAAUAAACAAAUUGAAAAUAAUAAAAGAUAUUUAAAAAUUAAACAAUUAAAUGAAAAAUUAAUACAAAAGCAUAUUCAAAAUGAUAAAAAAAGAAAUAUCGAUAAUAAUAAUAAUAAUAAUAAUAAUAAUAAUAAUAAUAAUAAUAAUAAUAUUUUAAAAAUAUUAAAUCAAUUUAAAUUAUCAAUAGAAAAAGAAAAAGAAAAAGAAAAGAUAAAUAAUGAUAAUGAUAAUGAUGUUUACCAAAAUCAAUUACCAAUGAAUCCAAUUAAAAAAAUUGAUAAUUUAAAAUUCUCUCAACUUUGUCCAAAUUCAUUUUCACCCUUAACAAAACAAAUACCAUAUCUUGAACAAGCUAUUUUAAAAAGAAAAUUAAAAAGAGAAGAACUUGAAAUAAAAAGAAAAAAAGAAUUUGAAUUUGAAAAAGAAAGAGAAAAACAAAGAGAAAUUGAAAAACAAAAGAGGAUAGAAAUAGAAAAUCAAAGAAUAAUAGAAACUGAAAAUCAAACAAAAAGAGAAAAAGAAAAAGAAAAAGAAAGAGAAAGUCAAAAACAAAAUGAAAUAAAAAGAAAAAGAGAAUGGGAAGCAGUAAAAGAAACAGUAAUUUUAAAAAAUGAAAUAAAAAGAAAAAGAGAAUGGGAAGCAGUAAAAGAAAGAAGAAUUUUAAAAGAAAAUGAAACUUUAUUUCCAGAAUCAUUUAUUGAUGAUCAUAAUGGUUUUGAAAGGAAUUUAAAUAAUUUUCAAACAAAUGCACAAGUUAAGAUCUCAUUAUUAAGGUUUAAAAAUAACAAUUAUAAAAUGUUCAAUCAAUCAAAUAACAAAACCUUUAAUACAAUCGGAUUUGAUACUGAUUGUGAAUCAACAAUUAAUAAUAACAAUAAUCAUAAUCAUAAUCAUAAUCAUAAUCAUAAUCAUAAUCAUAACAAUGAUAAUAACAGUGAACAUGAAACUUCCAAAUCGCUCUCAUCUCCUAUCAUAAGAAAAAGAUUGCCAAGAACUAAUAAAAGAAAAAUAAUCAAUUCAAAGAAUGGGGAUGGAAAACAAUUUAGAAAUAUAAAUUACAAAUCUAAAAAUGUAAACAACACUAUUCCAAAUCCAAUUACUUUCACCAAUAAUAGUAAUAAUAAUAAUAAUAAUAAUGAUAAUAAUAAUAAUAAUAAUAAUAAUAAUAAUAAUAAUAAUAAUAAUAAUAAUAAUAAUACUAAUAUUGAUGAUAACGAUAAUAAUGAUGAUAAAGCUGACCAUAAUACUACUAUACCUGAUCACGAUGAUGCCUCAAACAAAUUGUUUGGACUAUUUAAAAGCAACAAACCAAUCAGCAAGUGUAUAAAAUCACCCAAACUCUCUCCAAAUAGAAAGAAAAUCUUCAAUUCAUUCAUUGAUGAUAACAAUGAUAGCGUUAUUUGUAACCAAAAUAAUUCUUUAAUCAUAUCUCCUUUAAGAAAGAGUUUUUUUAGAAAUAAAAUAAAUAAUAAUAAUAAUAAUAAUAAUAAUAAUAAUAAUAAUAAUAAUAAUAAUAAUAAUUUUAUUAAUAGUAGUUUUAAUAAUUACAACAAAGAAAAUGAUAAAAGCAAUUCAAAUAGAGAUGGUGGAAGUAGUAUGGAUGAUGGAAUAAGUAGAUCAUUAAUCAAUGAAAAUACAAGUUCAAUAGAUGAUAUUAGCAGAGAUAGUAAUAAUGAAUCAUUGGGCAUUGGUAAUACUUUAUUAUGCAAUUUAAAUUCUCAACAACAACAACCUCAACAAGAACAACAAGAAGAAGAACAACAGCAAGAAGAACAACAAUCAAAUGAAUAUAGAAAGAAAUCAUUUUGUGAAAGACUUAAAAAACUUAAUCAAAAAGAGAAGAAUAAAUUAAAUUCACUUGAACAAAAUAUUAAUAACUUUGUAAGUGAUCUAUUAAAAAGAACAAAUGAAAGACAUCAAAUAUUUCAAUCACAAUUACAAGAACAAUAUAAAUCGAGAUUAAUUUCAAUUGAAAAAGAAAAAAAAAGAUUAAAAGGAAGGGAAAGAUUAGAAAAUGAAAAAAAAAUGUUAAAGAGAGUUGAAAAAGAAAUGGAGAAAGUAAAACAAAUUGAAAAAGAAAAAGAAAAAGAAAAAGUUGAAAGUUUAAAUAUACCAUCAAGACAAUUUAAAAAUAUAUUUGGGUAUAGUGAAGAUGAAUAUGGUUGUGGUGCAAUGACUGGUGGUGGUGGUGGUGGUGAUGAUGAUGAAGAAGGAGAGUAUACUAAUGAUGGCAGUUAUGAUUAUAAUGAUACUUAUGGUGAAGAUGAAUCCAAUACUAAUUGUAAUUAUGGUGAUAGUAGUAAUAGUAAUAAUAAUUAUGAUUUCAAUGAUAACAAAUAUUAUAAAAAUAAAAAAGAUCAUAAAGAUGUAGGUAACUUUGAUAAUAAUAAUAAUAAUAAUAAUAAUAGUGACAAAAAAUACAUUAGCAACCAAUCUUCCAAAAAUGCUACACAGAAUCAAAAUAACAAAAAAAAACUCAACAAAUCAUCAGUAAGAAAGCGAUUGUAUACUCUCACCAAACGUGACUUUUAUAUUAGCUCUCCAUAUUUUCCUGAAUUUCAAGUUAUUCGUGCACCAAAUAAAAGAACUAAAAUCCCAACAAUACCAUUUUGGAAAAGUGAAUACCCAGUUUAUACCAUAGAGAAUGGUCUUUCAACUUUUUGUAGAAUUGAAACAGUGUCAACAAAAAAAAAAUGA